AUGGACAGAACCAGAGCAGUACAGGACAGCAGUCGGAACACCAUCAGGACGGAUCUCAAUUUGCUUCUGGAGUGUCUGAAAUUCCAGAUGAAAUGUCCUGAUCUACAGAAACAAGCCCUGCUAACUAUUCAUUCAAUCUGUGAAAAGAGAGAAAAUAAUGUGGAGCUGCUGAGAGAAAUGGGAGGUGUCGCUUUUUUGUUGAACCUCUCAAAGUCCAACAUUGUUCAGUCAGACAUCAAGGAGACUGCUCUCUUCACGCUGGGAACUCUGGCUGAGGCCAAUGUUUAUUGUAAGAACUCACUGUGCAAGAAAGAGAUCUUCACAGACCUGGCAGAUCAGCUGAUGACAGAAGAGGCUUCCCUCGGAAAGAAGAGAGUUAUGGUCUAUUUUAUGUCAGUUCUGGUCUCCAACAACAAAUUAGGACAGACUCUAGCCCAAAACACAGGCUGCCUGGAUAUCCUUCUCAACCUUUUCAGGGCCACAUUCCCCCUGUCUGCUGAAGGUAUUUUCAGAACUGCCAGCUCUACCCAGCUCCACCAUCUUUGGACGUCUGUGUCUAGUGCUCUUUGUGGAUGUGUUAACAAUCCUCAGAAUGAGGAAGGACAGAGUGUGUGUGUAACUGUGUUUCCAAUUGUGAAAAACUGGAUUCAGCAGAUUUCCCUUCCUCAAACAGAGCUAUUUCAGCCCAUAUGCUCCUUUGUUGCAAUGACUGUGGCAAAUAACACUUGUGUUCAGGAGUGCUUUUCCGCUUCAGGGGGACUGGAAAAUCUCACAUUGGCCUUGAUUCGAUUUUGUCUAGAGUCAGAGACGAGCUUGCUGGCCUGCCAACUGGCUGUCUCCACCUCCAAAACCCUGUCUGCUUGUAUCAGUGAUAACCGUGCACUGGCUUCAGACCUGGCCAAAUACAGGGUCAUCGGACACCUUUUUUCAUUGCUUACCAAUCCCAAACUGGAGUCAGAAGAAAGGUUAUCAGUGUUGCUAACCAUGGGGCACUGUACAGAAUCCGCUGAAGAACACCAGAAGCAGUUGGUACAAAUUGGCAGUCUUCCUGUAAUCAUAACUUUACUCACAGAAGAUACAACCGAAGAGGUCCGCAAGGCUGCCACAUUCAUUUUACAGACUUGCAAGCAGGCCACAAACGCUUUGGGUGCAUCUGACAUGAUGAAGAGAGAACCGCAUGAGAAAAUUCUGGACACAAACAUUGAUAAGUACAAUAACUCUGCAAAGGAAAUACUGCAUCGAAUCAACCAGCUUGAGAAGAAACAGGCUGAAGCUGAACGGGUUCUUGCAUACCCACACAUGAUUCAAGAGUCCAUGAGCCCACCUGUGACUGAAAAUACACCAAGGAAGACAUUUGGGCGCACUGAAGAGGGGAAAGAUUUAAUUGUAAGACUAAAUAGAAAUCUAAACUGCAACAAGGUGAAGGGAAUUGGCCAAGAAGAUGAGGCUUAUAACUUGGAGAGCUAUAGGCCUUGGUGGGCCACAUACAACAGCACCAGAACAAUACAAGCUACUUGCACUGAGCAAAGGCUAGAGGGCGCUAGAGAGCCACUUGAGAAUGGUCAGGCAUUUAAAAUACCUCCUCCGAAAUGGAAGACUGCAGAAGAAGAUAACUACUUGGUUGAAGAAGAUAUGAAGAGUGGAACAAAUCAGGUUGUUGAAGAGGGGUCGAUUUCAGAUUUGAGGUGUACAGGCUGCAUUCUGCGUUUGGACCAGGUGGACAGCCGAACCUUCCCCUCUCUCCAGAGCUCCUGGACCCACAGCUGCGACAUGCACAGGGUCCUGAGAGAAGCCACGGAGCGCUACCUCACAAACAGCCGCAGUCUGUGUACCCAACAAGAGCAGAUGAACCCCAGUACUCCACGCUCUCACAAGAACUUGAAAAACCUGAGAGGUGUUAGGCUGACUCCAAGUAAGACGCCAAGUCAAAUCAAAUGCUUCCAGGUGGAAGAGCAGAGCAGAAAGAGCAAUGAUAUCCGAUUAACCCCUCUCCACAAAGGCAUGAAAACGGCAGGGCCUGCUUUUUUUCAAAGACCUGAGGUUACAACCAAGAGCCCACCUCUUCACCAAUCAGAUGACACAAUGGGCACAGAGGCUUGUUCAAAUUGCAGCUCCCAGAGGAGGAAGAGGCAGGACUUCAGCCGCGAGGAGGAGCUCUACUUGCUGUGUGGAGUCAAGACAUACGGCCCUUCCUGGAACGCCAUCUUGUGGUCUUACCCCUUUCAGACCAGCCGCACCAACGUGGACCUCGCAAAAAAGUACAGACGACUGAUGAAAAACAACACUCUGGGAGAAGGUUUGGAUUGA